UGAAUUGAACCAUAGGAUAACAUAGUGCAGCUGCUAUCGCUGUUCAGUUAGUGGGUCAUGGGGGAGGUAAAUAAAGAAAGAUUAAAGAGAGCUAACUUAUAAAGACAAGCAAGAAAGCUCAUCGCUAGGCCAGCCGUGGGGUUUGAGACGUUUCAGCUUCAUCUUUCCGGGCCAAUUGUUUGUAUGCCUGUGAUUUUGUGUUUUGGCUGUAUGCACGCUAUUAUUCGUCAAGACGAGUGAUUUUCAAGGGAGGAAAGGAACGGUCUAUCGUAUCGCCAGUAAGGUGGUCUGACUGAGACAGAACCGGGUUGUCAUGGCGAUGCGGGAGCUGGUGGAAGCGGAGUGUGGGGGAGCCAAUCCCCUCAUGAAGCUGACUGGUCACAUGACUCAAGAAGGAGGGGCUUGGAGGCAUCGGGCAACACCCAAUAUUCCUCCUACACCUAUUGAGAUAGCAAGUGAGGAAGAGUUGGUCAAUGAGUUCCUGCAGGGCCCCUCACGGCCUCCUCAUAGUUUUGACAUGGGGCAGCUCCUGGAGGAGAUGCAGCAGAUUGACCAGCAGAGCUACAGACAAGCUCCACAGCGAGCCCCUGGGGUGGCUGCGCUGGCACUGUCCGGUGACUGGGCUUCAGAGUUCCUGCCUGGCGCUGAUGCCGCCGCCGCCGCCGCCUCCGCACCAGGGCAGGUGGGCCUGGGCGAGGGAGCAGAUGCUGAUUGGACAAAGGAAUUCAUCAGUGAAGUGUCAGAUCCUGGUCGCUGGGCAGAGGAGUAUCUGGAACAAUCAGAGGAGAAACUGUGGCUGGGAGACCUUGGAGAGAAAGAGAGAGAUAAAGAAUGGACACAAGAAUACCAGCCAGGAGAUGAGCUCAAACAAACAGCCAAUGAGCUUCUUGCCAAAGUGGAAGACCCUAAGUUGCAGAAUACAGAGUUCCUGCGGUUCAUUAGGCAGAUUGGCGAGGGCAGUGUGACUGUGGAAGACAGUACAGGCAAGCAGGACACAGAUAAAGCUCAGGCCAAGGAGGCACAGCGCUGGGCCUCCAGCCUAAACCAGCUCCUGGAGGAAGUGCCACUAACUGUGCCAGUGGAGACGAAAGAGGGAAAGGUGGAGAAAGACAAAACAAAAAAUAAAGAGGCACGGCGGUGGGCUAAAGUCGUCAGGCAGGUGUCGGUGGAUUCUGCUGAAUCGUGGGUAGAUGAGUUUGCCACGGGGGGACCAGAUUUCCAGCAGGCAAAAGCUGCAGUGGAGAGCGAUGUGGACUUCUGGGAGAAGCUGCAGCAGGAGUGGGAGGAGAUGGCCAAGAGGGAUGCAGAGAGCCACCCCUGGCUGUCUGACUUUGACCAGAUGCUCAGCUCCUCCUACGACAAGGGCUAUCAGUUUGAUGAGGAGAACCCGUAUCUGUCCCAUGAUGAUCCUCUGGCAGAGGGGGUGAAGAGGAUGGAGGCAGGAGACAUUCCGGGGGCGGUGCUGCUCUUUGAGUGUGCAGUUCAGCGGGAACCAGAAAACCAGCUGGCUUGGCAAUAUCUGGGAACCUGUCAAGCAGAAAAUGAACAGGAGUUUGCAGCUAUAAGUGCCCUCCGCAGAUGUAUAGAUCUGAAGAAGGAGAAUCUGACUGCGCUGAUGGCUUUGGCUGUCAGCUUCACCAACGAAUCACUGCACAGGCAGGCCUGUGAGACACUGCGAGAUUGGUUAAGACACAACCCCAAGUACCGCCACAUCCUGGAGCACAGCGAACGGGAGAAAGAGAGGGAUGGUGCCAGAGAGAGGGAAAAGGAGAGGGAGCGAUUUGGAUCCCUUUUGCCUGAGGGUCUGUUCACAGAGGUGCAGUCCCUGUUCCUGAGUGCGGCAUCCUCUGACCCCAACCUUGUGGACCCCCAGCUGCAGUGUGGUCUGGGUGUUCUCUUUAACCUGAGCGGAGAGUAUGACAAAGCCGUCGACUGCUUCACUGCUGCUCUGUCGGUCACCCCACAGGAUUACUUGCUGUGGAACAAACUAGGUGCCACCCUGGCCAACGGGAGCCGCUCGGAAGAGGCUGUUGCCGCCUACAGGAGAGCCUUGGAACUGCAGCCUGGAUUUGUGCGCAGUCGCUACAACCUGGGCAUCAGCUGUGUCAAUUUGGGAGCUCACAGAGAGGCGGUGGAGCACUUUCUGGAAGCUUUAUCCCUCCAGCAGCAGGCUUCUGUGGAGGGGCCUGUGGGCAGGGCCGGGGCUGCGGCAACCAUGAUGUCCGACAACGUCUGGUCCACUCUGCGCAUGGCCCUGAGCAUGAUGGGAGAGAGCUCACUGUACGCUGCGGCAGACCGCCGUGACCUGGACACGCUACUCGCACACUUCUGCCAACGGGAGGGGGAGCCUGGAACGGAAUGAAGAAGAGAAAGGGAGGGAGGAGGAGGGGGGAGCAGGGUGGUUGAGUGUGAAUGUGGGGAGAGGUGUUUUGGAAAGGUGGAAAGGAGAGGACAGUAAGGGGAAACAGGAGGAAGGGAGUGAUGAUAAAGUGGAUGGAAGGCCACAUUGGCUCAACAAACUGUGAAGAGUUCACUCAACUGCAUCUAAGGAACAUCAGACCGAGGGCUGCUUUUGAAUUAGGCCUAAGGGUACAAUGGGAAGCAUAGAACCCAUGGUACAUUAAUGGACAGUGGCUGAAGCUGACUGUUACUUAUACCUGCUCAACCAAGCCAAUCCCUCCCUGACACUACACAACCUAGGAGGAUGAGGAAACACACAGUCUGUAGAGCACACAGUAAAACACAGCUGAAACAAAAACAGAAAAGAAACAUGAGAAGGGGAAAGGGAACUGGUACUAGAAACUACAUGUGUCAGAAGUAUGCUUUCUCUCUGGUCUUCAGAUAUUGCUCAUGUUGUAAAAUAAUUUGCCUAAUUGUAAAUGCUAAUGGCCAAUAUCAUGUAUUGUACUAUAAUUAUUGUAUUAUUACUGUUUUCAGUAUAGUCCGCCCAAAAUAGCUAUGUAAUCCAAGCAAUAAAGCUUUGACAUUAAAACAAUGAAUGACUAAUUA